CGCACACUCUUCCACCAACAUGGCGCUGGCGAAGUCCGUCUACAACCUCCUCUUCAGGAGAACGUCUACUUUCGCUAUAACCAUCAUGGUUGGAGCAGUCUUCUUUGAACGACUAUUCGACCACGGCGGCGAUGCCAUUUUUGAGCAAAUGAACCAUGGGAAACUAUGGAAACACAUCAAACACAAUUACGAGAACCAAGAUGAGGAAUAGGACGCGGCCCCAGGGUCAUCUAAGGCUGAAGCGUAACUGUUGUCACACUUCCAUCAUCCAUUCUUCCUGGACUUCACACCUGUAUCAAUCAGCAGUCAACAUGGACAAUGUGCUCAAAGUCAUGCCCCGGCUGGCAGCGGCUACCAGAGGAGCUGCGGGAGCUGAAUGACUGUCCAGACCACCGUGAAGAUGGAGCAAUGGUUCCUGCCAUUUCGUCCCCCCCUACGUUAUUAUAUGUAAUGCCUUCGUUCUCCCAGAUUGUAAAUGGUUAAAUUAAACAUGUGUUAAUGUCUCACA